UUGUGUCUGACUUUCCAAAGUUAGGUUCACGUUAACUUUACAGCAGUUUAUUUUUGUUAAAAGUAACUUCGUUAUAUCGGGCUGAAUUGAACUAACUAAAUGAAAAAUUCGCCAUGUCGGCUACAUUUAAAAAUGCUAAGAAGAUGGAGAGACAGGAGCAGCUGCGGAAGCUGUUGAAAAAUCACAAGAAAGUAGUAAAAGAAGUGAAGAAAAUAGACUCACCUCUAGCAAAAUAUAAUGAAUUAGGACAACUCACAUGCAUUCUUUGCAAAUCAAUAGUGCGCUCUGAAGCUGUGUGGGUGGUGCACAUAAAUGCCAAACAACACAAGGAAAAUGUAGAAAUAGCCAAAAAAUUGAAAGAAAAAACCAACAACUUUACGACGCCUUUAAAAAGACCAAUGACGCCCCCAAUGCCAGAUAUCCCGGAAAAAAAGGUUAAAGGUAUUUUAAAGAAUGGGGUUGCUCCAUCUGCAAAAGCUACUGGUUCAGGAACAAAUAAUGUACUUCAGAUAAAUGACCAAUCUGAAAAACCCGGUGCCACCCAUGUAUUGUCUUUGCAGCAAAUGAAAAAUCGCCAAAAAGAAGCGGCGCAUGAAGAUCCGGGGGAUCAAAAUGCGUCCACUUCAAUUCCAGAAGGAUUUUUUGACGAUCCCAUUCAAGAUGCUAAAGCGAGAAAUCAAGAAUAUAAAGAUCCAUUGGAAGUAGAAUGGAAUAACUUUUUGAAAGAAAUGAAAGUAAUUGAUAAUGAAAGCGAAGCUAUUAUUGCAGAAGAUCAAGAUGAGGCCACAACAGAAAGACACAUGGAGGAAAUUGAAGAACAAAUGGCAUUAUUCAACAGGGUACUUGAUUUAGAAAAGAAAAAAGAUGUAGCUGUUGAACUGUUAAACAAAAUAAAGAAUGAACCACGUACUGAGGAUGAGGAGGAUAGCGAUGAUAUUGAUGAAUUUUUAGAUUGGCGGCAGAAAAAAGCUUACUAAUUUUUCAGUUAGAUGCGUUCAUAUGUUUAUAUUUAAUUAUCUUACAGAAAUAAACAAUUUUGCUAGA